CCUCAAAAAUUGAAAAUGUUAUUUUUGUAUUUGGGAUCUUACCCUCCAUAUAGAAAUAUUGAAUCACGCAUCUUCUUAAACCUGAUGAAUGCAGAGCGGUUUCUUGAACCUUUUGGUACAGAAACUUUGGAUAAUUUUAAGAACAGAAAAGCUUAUGAUUUUUUUGUGUCUCAAUCAUUCGUAUCCCUUUCUACCCAGUACAACCUCUUUCGAUGCAAUUUCAAUGCACAAUCUUGGUUUUCAGAGUAUGUGCUUCGUGUGCAUACUUGCUGGCAGCACUUUUGUAAGAAAGAGGCAACUAGGAUUAAGUUUUUGCAUGUUUUACAAAGCUACGAUGAUGAUGUGAAAGAUCAACGUCGGUUAUGUGCCCAUUGCAUCACAUUAUUUUCCUUCAAAGAAGUGUAUGAUGCAAUAAAAAAUGAUUGUGCCUCCACUGUCCGUUCUCUACUUUGUCUUGGCCCUGUUUAUCAUUAUGCACUGCCAUUACAUGCAAUGGAUUUCAAGUUGCUCAAGGUAUUGGAUGCUCGACAUGUCCGAUUUUAUCUUAUCCCACUUGAAAUUUUUAAACUAAUUUGUCUAAAGUACCUUUCUCUAACUUGCAACCAAGAGCUCCCUGAUUCUAUAUCCAACCUUUUUCACCUUCAAUUCUUGGUUAUCUGUCGAUAUGUGUACCUUAAAAAGCGUGGAGCUUUGUCAUUUAUGCCGGCGGAAGUAUGGAACAUGCAAGAACUACAACAUAUUGAGGUAUGGGGAAAAGACCUACCUACCCCUGAUGAUUCUGCUGUUGCUUUGGAUAGACUUUCCAGUCUUAUUGGCGUGACUGAAAAGAGUUGCACAAGAGAAAUUCUCAAGAGAAUCCCUAAUUUAAAUGCAUUAAGAAUCGAGGUAGAAUUGCAACCUUAUGAUGAUAGAAACUCAUUGAGUAACUUGGGUUACAUAUCAGAGGAACUCCAGAAAUUGGGAACACUCAAAUAUGCAGUGAUGAAUCCUGAUAUGAAGCGUGAGCGUAUGGUUCCUCUAUCAAUGUUCCCAUCAAGUUUGAGAAGCUUGCAUUUGAAUGGCUUAGGGUGUCCAUGGGAGCACUUGAAUGACAUUGGUUCGAUGCUACCAAAUCUUGUGGACCUCACAUUACAUGACUAUGCCUUUCGAAGCCCCAAGUGGAAUAUUGAAUCAGGGAGUUUUUUGAAACUGGAGAAAGUUGUAAUUGAGGACACCGAUUUGGUGCAAUUGAUAGCUCAGCACGGAAGUCUCCCAAUGCUCGAACUCCUAAGCAUACGCCAUUGCUACAAAUUACAACAACUCGAAUGGACGUGUGAUCCCUCAAAGGUCAAAGCAACCACAAUUGAGUUAGUUGAUUGCAAUCCCUUAGCUGUCGCUUCUGCCAAGAAAUUACGACCUGAAUCUGUCUUUAAAGUUCUCUGCCACUCCUCUUUUUGAUACGAGAAUUCCUAGCUCGAUCGACUCUCAAGUUUGGUUAACAGGCAUGAGUGGGAGCGCAUGGAGUAGUGAAGAUAGGUCGAUCUGUGGACCUAAGCUAAACAAUUAAGGGAUUUCCAGUUGUGAUUGUGAUGGAGGGAAAGUUACUUCUCAAAGAGCGCGCUACAUGCUCACACGUGCCAUGCACGUGGGUAUUGUUCUGCCUUUGGGAGGAAGUAUUUAACAA